AGUUUUUCUACGGGCUGCUCACACUGCUUACCGCUGUUGUUGUUUCCCCGGCAGGCAACGUGGCGUGGAUGCACGCGCUGGCUCUGCGAGCUCUGAGUCAGGGCCGUGAGGGCGUCGACGGUGAAGUCUUCUACUGCUAUGACGAUUCUCCCCGUCUCUCCUACGAGGACUUCAACAUGGAGAUCCUGUCGCUGUGCGGGGUCCGCAUGCUGCGGUGGCUCCGCGUCCCGCCGCUCCUCGUCCGCCUCCUGGGCGCCUUCAACGACGCGCUGAGGGCCGCCCUCGCCGCCCUCGGCGUCGCCUACGGCCCGCCGCUGCUCACGCGCUACACCGCCGCCAUCGCCCUCACCGUCUUCAGCGUCGACACCGACAAGGCGGCGCGGCUCUUCGGCUACGCGCCGCGGUACUCCUGGCCGCAGGCACGCGACCGCACGGCCGCGUGGGUUCGCACCCUCGGUGGUGGAGGCGGAGAUUGCUGCAUUGGGAAAGUAACCACAGCAGCAGCAGCAAUCAUCGCUACCCGCUACUACUGA